AUGACCGCCACCUAUGUGGCGUGUGAAAUGAACGACGCGCGGGCGGCCCCGGACCCCGACCCCGGACCCCGACCCCGGACCCCGGACCCCGACUCCGACCCCGGACCCCGGACCCCGACCCCGGACCCCGGACCCCGGACCCCGGACCCCGGACCCCGGACCCCGACCCCGGACCCCGGACCCCGGACCCCGGACCCCGACCCCGGACCCCGGACCCCGACCGACCCCGACCCCGGACCCCGACCCCGGACCCUGGACCCCGACCCCGACCCCGGACCCCGGAUCCCGGACCCCGGACCCCCGCGCCCGCGGCCCCCGUCGGCAGGGCUGGGUCACCGCGGGGAUGAGACUAAGGACAGCACGCACGUCUUCAGGUGGGGCGGCGUGAGCCAGUUCUCCUGCCUCUCCUUCACGUGA